AUUCUGAAUCCUCUUUUGGCUGUACAAUCAUUUUCAUUCUCUAGUGAUCUGGCAGCUCUCGCUUCUCGACGAGAAUAUCUAAAUUUGGAAAAAUGGUUACAAGACAAUAUUAUUGAAUACGGAGAUUCGUUCGUUCAUGAUUGCCUGGAAUUUCUUAACCAGAAGAUCACCCUUGAAGCAUCACGUGAGACCAAUGGCGGAUUACAGUCCGUCAGACUAUCGGUAGAUGUGAUAGCCAUAUUCCUGCGAAUACUCCCCAAUAAGUUAAUAUCAGAUAUUGUUAAUUGUUUUUGUUUGCCAUCAAACAUUGCUGACCAAUUCAUCCAUUCCAGUUCGAUGUCUACGGAAAAUUCCGAAUUGUUGAAAGAGAUUCAUAGAACUGCUUUGCAAGUCUAUCCAAAUUUAAUGAAUUUCUGGAAUUCUGCUGAAGGGGAGCCUACUGGUUCCGAACCAUCAUUUUCGCCUGACGUUGAAGAGGAGGCAAAUUCGUAUUAUGAAAGAGUCUAUCGACAGGAAAUUACCAUAGAAGAUAUGAUUAAGCUUCUUCAAAGGUUUAAAACUUCAAAAGACCGCCGGGAAAACGACAUUUUCUCCUGCAUGGUUCAUAAUUUAUUCGAUGAAUAUCAGUUUUUCUCAAAAUAUCCUCAAAAAGAGCUUACUAUUACUAGUGUCAUAUUUGGAUCGCUUAUACAAUAUCAACUCGUAGAAUAUUAUGCUCUUG